AUGGGAGAUUCUCUUCUGAUUCUUAAGGCUUUUUUUAUGGAAAACCAUCACCCAUCAACCCUCUUAUCCAUGGAUUCAAGUGCUUCAUCAUCACACGAUGAAUUGGACCUUGAGAUGAACCGCCAAGUUCUUCUAACCCGUCCGCCUGAUAUCAAUUUACCCCUGUCAUCUGAGCGUAGCCCUCCUCCGCAGCCAUGGAAUGCAGAACCCAGUGAUAUUCUUGAUGUUGGGCUUGCGUCUCAAAUGUAUGAGACUGAAACUUUUCUCAGUGUCCCAAAGGUCGGAAGGAAAUGUGCAAAAAGAGUAGAUAGCAUAUGGGGUGCUUGGUUUUUCUUUAGCUUUUACUUUAGGCCUGUUUUGAAUGAGAAAUCAAAGGCAAAGAUAGUUAGGGACAGUAAUGGAGUUACUGGAUUUGAUAAAUCUGAUCUCCAGCUUGAUGUUUUCAUGGUUCAGCAUGACAUGGAGAAUAUGUACAUGUGGGUAUUUAAGGAAAGGCCCGAGAAUGCGUUGGGCAAGAUGCAGCUCAGGAGUUACAUGAAUGGGCAUUCUCGUCAGGGAGAACGUCCCUUUCCGUUUAGUGUUGAUAAGGGUUUUGUCCGAUCUCAUAGAAUGCAACGGAAGCACUACAGGGGCCUCUCAAACCCUCAGUGUGUUCAUGGGAUCGAAGUUGUUCCAUCUCCCAAUUUGAUGGGUCUUGAUGAAGAUGAGCGCAAAAGGUGGAUGGAACUGACAGGGAGGGAUUUGAACUUUACACUUUCAGUGGAAGCAGGAGAUUUUAGCUCCUGGAGAAACCUUCCUAACACUGAGUUUGAACUUGAGAGACCCCAGCCUCCAAUCAAGGGUAACCCACUUUCCAACUCAAAGAAAUUGCUUAAUGGGUCUGGACUGAAUUUGUCAACUCAGCCAUCCAAUCACAGCAAUGGGGAUGCGAUGGAUCUAUCACCUGUCAGCAGCAAAAGGAGGAAGGACUUUUUCUCACAUGGAAAUGAUGAUGAUUGUUAUUUGGCGUUUCCUACCCCUUCUGAUCGAGUUCCAGAUUCAGAAAUUCAUUCAAAUGAGCCGCACUGGUUGAACGAGUUUAGUGGGGUAAUGAGGAACGUUUAUGGGCCUGUCACAGCUGCAAAGACGAUAUAUGAAGAUGAAGAAGGUUAUUUGAUCAUAAUUAGUUUGCCCUUUGUAGACCUUCAAAGGGUGAAAGUUUCCUGGCGGAACACACUCACGCAUGGGAUCAUAAAGAUAUCUUGUUUGAGCACAUCUCGGAUGUCAUUCAUCAAGAGGCAUGACAGGACUUUCAAGCUCACAGAUCCAUCUUCUGAACACUGCCCUCCAGGGGAAUUUGUCAGAGAAAUCCCACUUUCAACCCGGAUUCCUGAAGACGCUAACAUAGAAGCAUACUAUGAUGGACCAGGAACGGAACGGUGCUUGAGAUUUUGGUGCCAAAACUCCGUGAGGGGCCAGAAGAGCAUGAGGUUCGUGUUUGCCUUCGUUCUCACCUUGGUGGCAAUGAUCUUAUGUUGA